GACCGUGGUGGAACACUCUCCAAAACAGUAGGUGGGGCCCAGAGGAACGAAAGUAUGAAACUCCCUUCCCUAGAGACCAGCUAUUCGCUCUGCAGAUCCUCGUCACCCAGGACUCAUAUAAGAUAAGCACCAACGGGAAACCCUCAUAUGUGAACAGCAUCUGUGUGGGCGGAGAGGUGGAAGUGAACUUAGUUGCCUUCCAGGAUCUUGCUUUGCAGACUGAUCAUGAUGCAACUCCAGGAUCUUUUAUGGUCCCGUACAAAAGCAUCAUCCAUGGAGGACUACAGUCUGGCAGAGUCAUCAUCAUUCAAGGAGUCAUCAGUCAUUCUGCAAAAAGAAUAGAGCUUAAUUUACAUCACAAAACUGGAAUUGCAUUUUACUACAGUCCUCGUUUUGAUGAGAAUGAAGUUGUGUGCAAAAUCUAUGAGAAUGGGGAGUGGUGCAACAAAAAACAUUUCAAAGACAUGCCAUUUGAGUUAGGAAAACAUUUUCUGGUCAUCAUUUCCUGCACUCAAAAUCAUUAUGAAGUGUUUGUCAAUGGAAAACAAGCUCACACUUACAAGCAUCACACUAAACUGGAAGAUAUUGAUGUUUUGGAAAUUAGUGGAGAUGUGCAGCUGAGUUUUGUGCAGGACUAGAAAGCAUUUUAUUCACAGUAUAAGAAAUGCAUGAUCAAAAAUGAAUGUAUUGGUACAGUAUAUCAACUUGCAUUCUCACAAAGAUACAUUAAUCUAUGCAUGUAUAGGCAAAGACAUUUAGCCUGACAUUAGCCUCAGCCUCCCCACUCCAAAUCUGCCUGUGCAGCCUAAACCUAAACAAUAUAACACACACUUGUUCUAUGAACA